UGUCCGGCAAAAGGCAUAAUUUUGACGUCAUCAAUUUGCCCAAACACGUGCAACUUUUGAACAGUCGAAAGCAGAACGGUCACCGGGAUGAACAGAUUAAAACAAGAAGAUAGUGGUGAGGAUGAUCAAACAGAACAGAAAAAUGAACAAGAAGAAAUAGAUUCUCCAUUUAAACUUAGACCUUCACCAAGACCAGGGCCUGGAGAACAUCCAUUACAGUUCAACUACGCAAUAUGGUUUUCUCGGAAAUCUCAAGGAAAAACAUCUUCUUCUGCAAGUUAUGAUCAAAAUUUAAAAUUAGUUGGAACAUUUGCAUCGGUUGAACAGUUUUGGGGUAUUUACAGUCAUCUUGUCAGACCCAGUGAUCUCUCAGGACAUUGUGAUUAUCAUCUUUUUAAAGAAGGAAUUAGGCCAAUGUGGGAGGAUAGUGCAAAUAAUAAAGGCGGAAAAUGGAUUGUUAGAUUAAAGAAAGGAUUAGGAUCCAGAUGUUGGGAGAAUUUAAUUCUUGCCAUGUUAGGAGAACAAUUUAUGGUUGGAGAAGAAAUAUGUGGUGCAGUGAUCUCAAUUAGAUAUCAGGAAGAUAUUUUAGCUUUAUGGAACAGGACUGCCUGUGACCAAGUAACUACAUCAAGAAUCAGAGACACAUUAAAACGAAUACUGAAUUUACCUCCUAACACCAUCAUGGAAUAUAAAACACAUAAUGAUAGCAUAAAAGACAACUCAAGUUUUAGAAAUACAGAUAUCUUCAUGAGGUGACACUGAAUCUUUGAAAGGCAAUAAACGGACCGAUUUUAGACAUUUUAACAGAAUAGUGACAAAUGUUUUACAAAUGGCACAUAGGAAGUUUUAUGAUACAAAUUUUAUGCUGUUAAUGUCAAAGAAAGGAAUUUGGCACUAUAUAAUAAUGUUAUUGUUGAGAAAUACUCAUCACAUGCAUUAUCUGUUAAUUGUGACAAAUAGUUAUAUCAGUAAAACUGCAGUAAUGUUCAUCAAUAUUUGAAAAGAACCUUGAGAAAAUACUCUAUAUUAUAAUUAUUGGUAAAUUAUUUAUACAUCCAUGUUUGAUGAAAAGAGGUGUGUGGAAUUCUGUGUUAAUCUGCAAAAUUAUUUGCUAAAUAGAAUGAAAAAAAAACAGAGUGACUAAUUUUAGUGGGAGAUAAAUAUACUCAAAUAAAUCCAUCUUUUCACCAAGUUAUAUGAUUGUAGGUCUUUUCUAUAAAAACAUUCACUCAUAUGUUAAACUCGACAUAAAACAAUGAAGUAAAAAAUGUAGUUCAGAGUGAACUCCUUUUGCUGAAGGCUGUUAUACUAUACCACCAACCUAUAUGAUCGUAGCUCACUUGUAUCUGAGAUCUGUACUCAGGCAUAUAAUUUAAUGGUUGUUAAGUCUUUAUUAGGUUUUUCACUACACCAAAUUAUAUUGCUGUAUGGUUAUUUGGUUAUGGAAAAUGGUUGUAGACAUAGAUAUGGACAUCAGGGUUAAACAAAUAGUUGUCUCAAGAUAACUCCACACUCCUUAAAUGGAUCCUGACAAAUUGUUUAUACAAUGUUUUGUUCCAAAAAAGCACCUUUUUGAUUGUGAAGGUUUUAAGAUUUGUUAUUCAUUAUUUAUGGGAAUUUUAAAAUCAUUAAAAUCAACUUUUUAAGGCUUGUGUCUUAAUGAAUUCAAGUUUGCAUUCUUGGAUCUCAAAGAAAUUAAGAAAUGUUUGGUUCCAUGGAGGUAAGAUCCAUUUCAAUUAUAACUAUUUUUGGAUUUGUCAUUCCAUAGUUAGCAGACUUAAAUCUUCAAAAAUAUAACAAUCCAAAGCUUUUCUCAUGAAAACUCAGUUUGUUUUAUUGGAUUUUUGCACAUUGUAUAAUUUUAUGAAGUCCAGCUCUUUUUAAAUUUUGUUGAUUUUUCUAUACUUUCCUUCAAGAGAUGUUGGACUAUAUUUGUCAAAAUUUAUACAAUUGUUGGUGCCUAUUUAGCAGAGAGCAAGGUUUUUUUAAAUGGUAUCCCAUGACAUUUUGUAACAACCUUACAUCCUGUAAAUCUUCCCUUCUUUUCAUUAUUUUAAUAUUCUCAGAUUUGUUGUUCUAUUGGUAUGUGUCUUAAGUAGAAUAUUGUGAAUUCUUGACAACUGUUUUAUUGGCAUAUUUCAAACCCUUAACAUAUGGAAUAUAUAUAACAAUCAUCAUGACUACAUUUAUGAAUUAUCAUAAAAUUGUGAUAUUUUACAUGGUCUAUUUUAAAUAAAAGGAUAGCACUUAUA